AUGUCGACGAAAGGACCAGAGAAGGGUAUUUUCGAUGCUCUCCGUGUCGAUGCCUCUGAUCCUAAUUCUGGACUUCGUGAGGAUGCGAAAAGUCCUCAAAUGGAUAUGAUGUCUUUGGAAAAAAUGGGUGAGAUUUUGGAUCGAAAGAAAUCGGUGAUUCCAAUCAUCACGCGCACGAUUUCUGAACUCAAUACUGCUGAUCAACGGAAGGAAAUAGCUGCUGAGUUGAUUUGUGAUUUGUUCAAGUCGCCUCACAGCGAUGAGGCAUCUCUCAUUCGACUUAUAAAGGUUCUGCGCUCGUUUGGAAUUCGCGACACCGAUCCGCGCCUCAAGCCAAUGUUCGACAAAAUUCGCAAGAAAGAGGAUGAGGACGAUGAGAGCAGCCGCCAUUAUUUGAUGUGUCGCGAGCAAUUCAAAGAGAUUAUCUACCCGUGCACGAGUCUGAUCUCGCGAGUUCUCCGCCAGCAGCUCAUUAUUCCGAGUUGGCUCGAGUUCACUCAAACGAUCACCAAAAUAUUCGAGAAGAUUCGACUGAUUGAAGACGGCGAAGUUGCUUCGUACAUUCCGCAACUCGCUCGUGAAAAUCCGCAUCUUUGGGGAAUGUCGAUUUGCACAAUUGACGGGCAGAGAUUCUCGUUGGGUGACAGCAAGAAGAACUUCUGUCUUCAAAGUGUUUCGAAGGCAUUCAAUUAUGCGAUUGUUGCUUCUGAAAUCGGUUCGGAAUUGCUUCAUCAAUAUGUCGGGCACGAGCCGAGCGGAAGACUCUUCAAUGAAAUCUGUCUUGAUUCGAAUAAUAUGCCGCAUAAUCCUCUAAUCAACGCUGGAGCGAUUGUUGUCACCUCGAUGAUCAAAAACCAACUUUCAAUGUCGGAUCGAUUCGAUUUCAUGCUAAAGAAGUACCGACAGUUGGCUGGCGGUGGACACGUCGGUUUCGACAAUGCCACAUUUUUGUCGGAACGCGAUACUGCUGAUCGUAACUACGCUCUUUCAUAUUACAUGAAAGAAUACAAGUGUUUCCCUGAUGAUUCGCAAGUCUAUGAAAAGGCAAAGGGUCUUCGCGAGGAACUCGAUCUCUACUUUCAAUUGUGCUCGUUGGAGACCAACUGCGACACUGCCGCAGUGAUGGCAGCGACACUGGCGAAUGGAGGAGUUUGUCCAUUGACGAAUGACAAGUGCAUCGGAUCGAGACCAUGUCGUGAUGUACUCUCGCUCAUGUAUUCGUGUGGAAUGUACGACUUUUCUGGAAAAUUCUCGUUCCAGGUGGGACUUCCUGCCAAAUCUGGUGUGUCUGGAACGAUGAUCGUUGUUGUUCCGAAUGUCAUGGGAAUUGCUCUUUAUUCACCGCCACUCGACAAAACUGGAAACUCUUGCCGAGGCGUCGCUUUCUGUAAGGAACUCAUCGAGAACUUCAACUUCCACAACUACGACAGUCUCUUGCAUGCCGAUGAUUCGAAGAAGUGCGACCCACGUCGUCGUGUCGGACAUCGCGAAACAGAGGCGAUUGUGCAGGUCAUGUUUGCCGCCAAGUACAAUGAUUUUGAUACGUUGAGAAAACUUUUCAUGCAAGGCGCUGAUUUGACUGUGAAGGAUUACGAUGGGCGUACUGCGUUGCACGUCGCCGCGGCCGAGGGUCAUGCGAACAUCUGCCGAUUCCUUGUCAACGUUGUAGGAAUCAAACACAAUGUGGUGGAUCGUUGGAAUCGGAUGCCGAUCGAAGAUGCCCGCCAAUUCGGUCAUGACGAAAUCGUCGCCUAUUUAUUGAAGGUGCAACAUCACAAAAUGAGAAAGCAGAUGGCGACUGGUGAAUUGAACGCCGAUGAAGCCGAUGCGGAGGAAACUGGCGAUGGUGAGCUCGAGGAGGUAACCGAUGAGUCGGGAGAAGAGGAAGCAUCAAGGGGAUACAUUGGAUUGCUGAAUGAGGAUAUCGAAAAGCGUCAAUGGGCCCUUCAUGCCAAUGGAAAUAAUGGUUCUGUUAACUAUAUGGCGCGACGAAAGGAGAUGAAUGCAAACGGAAUGAUUCCAUUCGGAAAAAAUAUUCAUACCUACGAUAAUCCGAAUUUGUUCAUCGCCAAAUCUCCGAUGAGCAGCAAACAACAAAUGAAUGGCCAUAUGAAUGGGCAUCCAAACGGACAGCUUCAUGGUCAUGCCAACGGACAAAUUAAUGGACAUAUGAACGGUAAUAUGAAUGGACAUGCAACAUCGACACCGAAACCAAUGCCCAAACAUAGUACUGACAUUCGCAAGUUGUCGGUGCCAAAUGAGACCGAAGAAGAUCCAGUGUUGACUGAAAAUGAGGUGAGCGUUUGUAAUGGAAAUGGGAAACAUUUUGGUUGA